AUGACAACCUAUGGCACUAUACCAUCAUCUCAAGCAAACGCAUCGUCGAGCUUGGGCUUAUUAGGACGAGCCAAAGAGUUGAUCUCGUCAGGCGUUAGCUCUCAAAGGCCAUGGCUUGAACUUGUGCAAUGUAGUGCCUUUAGCCUUCCUAUCUCAUUUAGUGUUGCCACCGAACGAAUCAAAACCAACAUCGUGAUCUUCCGAACCAACUACAUUGUCAUCUUCAUUGUCACGAUCUUCAUCAGCUUGCUCUGGCAACCGGUCCACCUUUCCGUCUUCUUUAUCUUGAUACUCGCAUGGCUAUAUGUCUACUCCAGGGAUAAUGAACCGUUGGUGUUAUUCGGCAGUGUGAUCGAUGAUUCUGCUUUGGUGCUGAUCUUGCUGGUCCUCACGAUUGGUACUUUUCUGUUAACCGACGUAUCCCGCAGUAUAAUGAUCGGGGCUUUGGCUUGUUUGCCCGUUGUUCUAGUGCAUGGCAUGUGUAGGAAUACAGAGGCAUUGUUCGUCUUGGAAGAUGAUGAAGAGAAGGUGACAAUGAACACAGCAUCUUCGUCGAUUUCUUCCUCCUCUUAG